AUAGAGGACUCUUACUUUGAAUCUCGCGUAUGUUGUUGCUGAUUCUCCACGCCGAGCUGCUGCACCGGGAAAAUGUCUCGAGUUUACGUGGGAAAAUUGAGCUAUCGCGCCAGAGAGAAAGAUGUAGAAAGGUUUUUUAAAGGCUACGGGAAGAUUCUGGAAGUAGAUCUGAAAAACGGGUAUGGCUUUGUGGAGUUUGACGACCCCCGUGAUGCGGACGACGCCGUGUGCGAUCUGAACGGCAAGGACCUUUGCGGGAAGCGGGUGAUCGUGGAGCACACCAUAGGACAGCGGCGUGACGGCGGCAGCAGAUCUGGGAGAAGUAGUCGGUACGGUCGUGGAGGAGGGGAAAGGUACGGCCCGCCCACUCGCACAGAUUACAGGCUGAUUGUGGAAAAUCUGUCCAGUCGCUGCAGCUGGCAGGACCUGAAGGACUACAUGCGUCAGGCUGGUGAGGUGACUUAUGCGGACACUAACAAGGGCCGCAAGAACGAGGGCGUCAUUGAGUUCAGGCAGUACUCGGACAUGAAAAGAGCCCUGGAGAAACUGGACGGCACCGAGGUCAAUGGAAGGAAGAUUCGGCUCAUCGAGGACCGGCCUGGUGCCAGACGCCGCCGCUCUUACUCCCGCAGCGCCUCCAGGUCUCGCUCCAGGAGCAGGAGGUCCCGCAGGAGCCGGAGCCGAAGCCACAGCCGAACCAGCAGCCGCUCAAGGGCCUCGGGCUCACGGUCACGCAGCAGGUCGACCAGCAAGAAGGCGAAGGGCAGGAGCGGUAGGAUGGAGGAGAGCAGUAAUGGAGCUCGAAGGGCAGGUGAAAGCGCUAGGGAUAAUAGCACGAGCUGCAGCCCCCCGAGCAAAAAGAGCAAGCGGGAGAACAAGAGGGCUCGCUCCUAUUCUCGAUCCAGGUCCCGGUCCAGAUCUCGAUCCAAAUCGGUGAACGACAGGGACGUCUCCAGAGAGUCUGGGUCCAAAUCUCAGGAGGGAAACAAGAGCGGCGACGAAGGCCGGGCGGCUGACAGGGCACACCGCUCUAGAGCUCAUUCUCGAUCCAGAUCACAAACGCCACCAGAUGCCAAUCUGAGGAGGGAAUCCAGAUCCAGAUCCAAGUCUCGCUCACAUUCGCGCUCGCGAUCUUAUUCCCGAUCUCGGUCCCGCUCAAGGUCACGUUCUUAAGUUUAAAAAAAAAACAAAAAACCCAAUUGCCGUUGUUUUUCCAGUCUAACUAAACAUCUUUUAAAACAAAAAUAUAUCUUAAUUUUUUUUUUUUUUUUUAAACCCCGCUGACAAUUUGUCUCUAAAUGGUUAGAUUUGUGCUAUAAAAAAAGACAAUGUGUGGUUGAGGUAAGAAAACAAUCCAAAUUCAAGAUAUCUGAAAACAAGUCUGAAUAUGUUACUUUUUUGUGUAAAGCAAAACGGUGCAUCUUGUUUUUACAUAUUUUUCUUGAAAAAGACAAAAAUAGACUGAUUUGUCUAAAUGUGUCUAAAUGUCGUUCUGCCCUACGUUUUUCUUCUUUGACGCAAGUUUUUUUUUUUUCUUUUGUCAUAGUUUAGUAUUAGGGAAAUUGCUUGCAUAUUCACAUUUCAGUAUUUACUGGUAAUCGUUAACCUUAUGCAUUUUUUUUUUUUUUUUUUUUGUAGCGUUUUUAUUUUAAAAUUUGCUUGCAAUAUAUUUUAUUCACAAAGACUGAGUAAAAUUAAACCAACAGUAGAUGUCCUUGCCUUUGCAUUGUAUAUUUAGAAAUGUACCAUAGUUGUUGUUAAGCUGGGGCAGAGUUUAUGGUCUUUUUACAACAAAGUUCUCCAUACAAAAAUAAUAAAAAAAUUAAAAAAAAACUGCCUCACAA